CUUUAUUUCUUCUGUCAUGGAAUAAUCAAUAUAUAUCUUCUAGGGUUACUCAUAAAAGUUAACUUUGCCUUCUUCCAAAUAAUUGAUCCAUCCUAAUAUUUUCUUCUUCCGCACCUAUGUUUCGAAUCAUGUCCUACUUGACCUUCGCUAUGUUUUAUAAAUUUCGUUUUAGAAUUCUUUUUAAUUAUGAUCAAUGGUUGACUAAUCAGAACAAGUAUUUGUUCAGUACAACCAAAUCAGUUGAUACCAGAGGAGAUGAUGAUAACGAAUACGAUGGAAUAGAUGAGAAUGACAGGAAUGACGACUUUGAAAGAUGGGAAGAUUUAUCAUCAAAAGAUGAAGGGGACCAUGAUGACAACCUCAACAACAAUAAGAGUAACUUGAAGAAGGAUUCAGGAGGCGGUGCAGGUGGCACGAAAGAGAAUGUAGAAGAUGAAGAUGAUCAAGAAAGCGAUGAAGAAGACAAAAACAAUAAGAAUAAGGGUGAGGGUGAUGACGACAACGACGACGAUAACGACGACGACGACGACGAAAAUGAGGAGAAUGAGGAUGAUAAUGGUGAUAAUAGUGAAGAAGAGGAGAAUGUUGAGGAAAUAGAGAAGGAAAAAGAAAAAGAUGAUGAUGAUGAUGAUGAUGAUGAAGAUGAAGACAAAGAUGAGGAGGAAGCAAUUCAGCCCCCGAAAAAGAGAAAGAAAUGAACUCAGUAAUAAAUUGCUAAACUUCACCUCCCUUAAAUACUAUUUCAUGUAUGAUCCUAUGCCUUGUUAAAUUCCUCAUGCAUAAUUAGAACUUGACAAAAACAAAAAAGAGAGGCAAUUAUUAUGAUCAAAAUAGUUAAAU